GUGUUGCCUUGGCAACAGGACAUCGGGGACCUGAUCAGAGAAAGCAUUCGUAAGCAAAGCCUCCAUAGAGAAAGAAGGUAAUCGCUCCAUAUGAUACGGUAGUCUGGUCAUCUUACUUGAUGUUAGUCAUUAGAGCAAAGUUUUAUUGAAGUGUAUGAAGGUUUAUUCUUAUUUUUGUAUGUGACUGGUGGUGGUUUGCUACUGGGGUGUGAGUGUGGUGCGGGGAAAUGAAAAUGGAUACGCAAAUCAAGAACUCCGUUUAGAGAACAGGAGGAAAAAUCCAUAUCAAGGGGACUUUACUCAUUUUAUUAAUGUACAAAGUCCGCGCACCAUACCUUAGCGAACCCUUAUGGGCUGUAGAUUAUAACUCGUUACACUAAUACCGCAGUUAAAUGAACCCUUCGUGACUGUAAAAGGGUAGCACGGAAAAUGUUUUGGUUUAGGUCAUUUCUAUCCACUAGAUAAUGAUGACUCGGGUUACAUUUAUUUAACGGAGUGGAUUGAUGGAUCUAUUAAAAAUAAAUAAAAACACGUAUGUAACUAAAGUGAAUAAUUAAAUGUUAAACUUCAGUUGGAGAAAACACAAACGGGGCUGUCCUAUCUUCUUGUGACAGCGUGAGGGCGUCCAAGAGCGUCCUGAUUGGUUGAAAUAGGCAAGCCUUUGAUAGUCCUGAAGGCCAAUUAGAUUAAUAGGGACGGACUUUUUUUAUACAAUUCGGAUAAACUGUUGUGAACCAAUUGCAGAUAUGCCAGCGGUCUAGUGAAAUAACCCCAUUGGACGAGAGACUCGAAUGAUCGGCAUGGAAUUGUUUAGGGAACUUGAGGGUGGGUGAAUGACCAGAGUGAGCUACAGUUAGUUAUGUAACGAAAUAUACCGUUAGUAGCCUACUGGUGAUUUGAUUGGAUAGAUGAUGAGACGGGUGAUCAGAAAGAAGUAAAUGUAUUUUUAUGAAUAAGAGACGGAGCGAGGAGAGGAUUGCACAUCUGGAAAUGUUGGUAUUCGUCAUUCGAUAUUUUCAGCAACUGAAUUGAACAACACAUUUUGUUGUACAUCGUUGUCUGGAAAACAUCUCCCUUCCCUCUGGCAGAAGAAUCGCAGUGUGUUUCAGUUGGACAGACUGGACAGAGCGCAGCCGACACAGCGACGGUGUGAGUGGAGCAGAGAGAACCGAGGAUGGGGGGCGGAGGUCAGCAGACGGAGUCAAGCGAGCCGGCCAAGGGUGACGGGGUUGGGCCCGAUGGAGAGCGAGGUGGCAGUGCAGUCUACACCUGGGAAGAGGUUCAGAGGCACUGCCACAGAAGCGACCAGUGGUUGGUCAUCGACAGGAAGGUCUAUAAUAUUACCCAGUGGGCGAAGAGACACCCGGGGGGCAUCAGGGUCAUCAGUCACUUUGCUGGAGAAGAUGCCACGGAAGCAUUUGUUGCAUUCCAUCUCGAUCCAAAUUUUGUCAGGAAGUUUCUGAAGCCGUUGCUGAUUGGAGAGCUGGCACCGACAGAGCCCAGCCAGGACCAGGGGAAAAACGCAGUACUGGUGCAGGACUUCCAGGCCCUGCGUGACCGUGUGGAGAGUGAGGGUCUCCUCCGUGCCCGCCCCCUCUUCUUCAGCCUCUACCUGGGCCACAUCCUGCUACUAGAGGCCCUGGCUUUGGGCCUGCUCUGGGUCUGGGGGACCAGCUGGAGCCUCACACUGCUCUGUUCCCUCAUGCUGGCCACAUCUCAGGCCCAAGCUGGCUGGCUGCAGCAUGACUACGGCCACCUGUCAGUCUGCAAGAAAUCCGGCUGGAACCACAAACUGCACAAGUUUGUCAUUGGACACCUAAAGGGUGCCUCUGCUAACUGGUGGAACCAUCGUCACUUCCAGCACCACGCUAAGCCCAACGUGUUUAGUAAAGAUCCUGAUAUCAACUCACUACAUGUCUUCGUCCUGGGAGACAAACAGCCUGUAGAGUAUGGUAUAAAGAAGUUGAAGUACAUGCCCUACCAUCACCAACACCAGUACUUCUUCCUCAUUGGACCUCCACUAAUCGUUCCAGUGUUUUUCAACAUCCAGAUAUUCCGGACCAUGUUUUCACAACGGGACUGGGUGGAUCUGGCGUGGUCAAUGAGUUUCUACCUUCGCUUCUUCUGCUGUUACUAUCCCUUCUUUGGUUUCUUUGGCUCAGUAGCAUUGAUCAGCUUUGUCAGGUUUUUGGAAAGCCACUGGUUUGUAUGGGUGACCCAGAUGAGUCACCUUCCUAUGGAGAUGGAUCACGAGCGACACCAGGACUGGCUCACCAUGCAGUUGAGUGCUACUUGCAACAUUGAACAGUCAACCUUCAACGACUGGUUCAGUGGACACCUCAACUUUCAGAUUGAACACCAUCUGUUUCCUACCAUGCCCCGUCAUAACUACCACCUGGUGGCUCCUCUGGUUCGUGCUUUGUGUGAGAAACAUGGAGUUCCCUACCAGGUCAAGACUUUGCAGAAAGGCAUGACUGAUGUUGUCAGGUCACUGAAGAAGUCAGGGGAUCUGUGGCUGGAUGCAUAUCUCCAUAAAUAAAUCCCUUCCUGACUCUGGACGGGAUUUAAUCCAUCGCAGAUUAACCACCUGCGAACAGAGAGGACAUUUCCUGGAUGUUUUUGAUGAUAAUGAUCGCUGCAAACAUUAUUGUGAUAUAAUUGUUUUAAUCCUUGUCAGCAGUGAAUGGGGAUCCAUAGCAUAAAUAGAGGGUUUAUAUAGUAGGGCCAGGCGUUUUUAAACAACUAAAAAGUAUUUAUUGACCAAUAUUUGCAGCAUUAUCCACUGGGUUUGAUGCAGGCAGAAAAUCCUAGGAAAUGCUCUAUAAUUGACACAAGUCUCAGUCAUUCCAGUCUGGUUGUCCAUUCGUUUUUGGUGGAGGGAUCGCCUGAACCAGGGGAGGCGCAGCAUAUGAGUCAUAAUUUCACAAACCUAUUAUUUGACAGGGAAUUCUAUUCGUAGAUCAGUGAUUUUACACCUCGUUUUUCUCAAGCUGAUCGCCUCCAACAGACUCAAUCCCUGAUCACAGGAGGUUAUAUAAAUGGGGCAAUUAGGACACUUAAAGGGGUAAUACUAUGAAUCCAAGCAGAAAAUAUAAGUGUACAAUAAAAAAUCUCUAUCGCUUGAGAUUCCCCGCUGGGAUGUUCUUUGCAGACGACAAUAUAUUCUGCAAAACCUGAAAUUUAGCGUCACAUUUUAAAUGGAAAGACAGGAUAGACAGCCAUCUGACAUAAUUAUGCCGUCUCAGAAGAAUGUUUCAACCUUGAAAGGUUGUGGGGGAUAUAUAGUGAAACAGUCUCGUCCUUACAUAACAAGACAACAUCAAUUAACAAUAUUUCACGACGUCUUUGUUGUCUGUUAAUUAACAUAUGGGUAUGAUAGGCAUUUUUGUAUCCGAAAAUGUAGAGGGUGAAAUAUAAACUAUUUUCAGAAUACUAAUGGCUCGCCUAUUUUCAUUUACUAUAGAAAUAACACCUUUUAUCCAUCUCUGUUAAGACGGCAGUAUUUGGAGAGAUGCGCUUCUCCGCCUCCACAAGGUUCAUGUAAAAGCGAAGCUACUCGGAGUGAUAUUCUAACACUGUUGAAUAGUUCUCUGCCUGUAAAUACACUCUAUCAGCCAGAACAACUUUAACAUCUUCACCCAGCUCUCAUACACAAUGUGUGACAGUGGAUUUGUCCAUUACUGUGUUUUUUCCGGGCUGCGGCUCCGUUCUUUACGUGUGUUAAUGAAGGUGCGCAAUUUGGGAUUGUCAACUUUUUCGAGAGGGAAGAUGGUGCUUGCAAAAGCCAUAUCCUCAUAAUUUAUUCUAUAGCAAAUUAAAAUGCCUACUUGGUUCUGAAUUGUGCUACAUUUUCUUACAUAAAAUACCUAUUAUUCCCAUAAUAAUGUUAAUACCAGGCAAUGAAUAAGUAAACUAUUUAUGUCCUUAAAAUACGCUAAUACUGCUGAUGAGAAUAAUUGUUGGCGAUUAUUUAAUUUGAAGUCAAUCCACAUGGUUGGGAAUUGAUUUUGGAUUUAUUGGAUAUUUAUGUUAUAUGAUCAUGGUGUAAGAAAGUGCUAUAUCAGCAACUUGAGGUCAGUUUAUCGAACAGCAACCGAAACGCCUGGCCUUAAUCAUUGGUGACUAGAUAGACUAUUCCUCCCCAAACGGAAAAAAAAUACAUUGAUAUAUAUUUUAACAACAUGUAUGUACAUGCAUGUACGUAUAUGUAAAUUACAGAUAUCUAAAUAUAUGUUUAAGCCUUAUAUUACAUAUAUUUAAAUAUAUCGACAUAUUACAAAAUUGGCCUUUUUCAUAUUUCUACAAAUAUGUUUAUAUCUUUAAAUAUAUGGAAAUACAUUUUGAUAGCGUGCUGUGGUAGCUAGUAAAAUAAUUUACCAAUUAUAUUUCAUAAAUAUAUUUUGCCAUAUUUUAAUGAAUUGAAAUGUUUGCCUUUUACCUGAAUACUGUUGCUAGGCUACAUUAAAAUCCAAUGCAUAAAA